AUGGACGGAGGCUACAACAACUACAACUCCUACGGUGGAGGCGGCGGAGGCGGCGGUGGCGGCUUCAUGCCUGGCGAGAUGAACAGCCCUUCUGGCGGAAAGGGUGGUGACCGUGACAACAAGACGCUCCGGCCCGUGACAGUCAAGCAAAUUGUGAACGCAUCCCAGCCCUUCCCUGAAGCCAACUACCAAGUCGAUGGCGCCGAUGUAGCCAGCGUGCUCUUCAUCGGCCAGGUACGCAAUAUCAGCUCCCAAAGCACCAACGUCACAUAUAAGAUCGACGAUGGCACCGGCGAGAUUGAGGUCAAGAAGUGGGUCGACUCGGGCAGCGCAGACAGCAUGGACACAGACGAGGGCAAGGCCCUCGGGAGCGGCAAGAAUGAGAUCGAGCUGAACGGCUAUGCUCGUGUCUCCGGCGCGAUCAAGUCGUUUGGUAACAAGCGGUAUAUCGGUGCGCACAAUGUGCUCCCGGUGAAGGAUAUCAAUGAGUUGCACUGUCACAUCCUCGAGGCUACUGUGGUACACCUGUUUUUCACCCGCGGUCCUCCCGGCGGUGCGAACGCUGAUGCCAAGGGUGCCGCCGCCGGUGGUGAUGCGUUGAUGGGUGGCGCAGAUGACUAUGGCGUUGGCCAGAACCGGGCCCUCAUGUCCAUGUCACCGCUGGCCAAGAAGGUCUACCAGGUGCUGAGGACCGAGCCCCAGGAUGAUACUGGUCUACACGUGCAGCAAAUUGCCGCCAAGAUGAACGUUCCAGCCACGGAUGUGGCGCGUGCUGGUGAGGAGCUGCUGGGUGCGGGUGUGAUUUUCUCCACGUCGGACGAGCAGACCUGGGCCAUUCUCGAGUACUAG